UCUUUAUUUAGUUUAUUUCGGGUGAUCUAUAGGGAGCUAUCAAGGGAAAUAAUCUUGCAAACAUAACCUGCCGCGAUGUAUGGACAGAGUACCAUGAUAUGGGUAUUGGCGGUGUCAAAGCAGUUGCAGAUUAUAAAGUUUACACUGCUAGUUCGAUUCUGGAUCUACUUCACUUUGUUGCCCCAAAGAUGAUGAAGCGUGGUGAUGCUCAUUUUUCGCAUGGGAUUGCAGAUGAUCUGGAUGAUAAGAAAUAUGAACAUUACAAAUAUUGGUCAAAUGCCUUGGAAACAAAAUUACCUAUGGCACCAGACAUGGAAAUCUUUUCAAUGUAUGGAGUUGGAAUUCCCACUGAACGAGCGUAUGUCUACAAGUUUAGUCCUGCAGCUGAGUGUUAUAUACCUUUUAAGAUUGAUACCGCAGCUGAUGGUGGAGAUGACGGCCCUUGUUUGAAAGGCGGAGUAUAUUCUGUAGAUGGAGAUGAAACGGUCCCUGUUCUUAGUGCAGGUUUUAUGUGCGCAAAAGGUUGGCGGGGAAAGACUCGAUUCAAUCCUUCAGGAAUGCGUACUUAUAUAAGGGAGUAUAAUCAUGCUUCUCCGGCUACUCUUUUAGAGGGCAGGGGAACCCAAAGUGGUGCUCAUGUAGAUAUAAUGGGGAACUUUGCCCUGAUUGAAGAUAUCAUAAGAGUAGCUGCAGGAGCAACAGGAGAAGAUUUAGGAGGAGAUCAAGUCCAUUCUGAUAUUUUCAAAUGGUCGGAAAGGAUUAAGUUAAAGCUCUAAAUUUAUUUGAUUCUAUACUUGAUGAUAAGCUCGGAGCUGCUUUAGUUCUUGAUGAUAUGGCUUUGAUUCAUGUGGUUUGAUUAAAUGGUGUCAACCAUAUUCCCCAAAGAAAAUCAGUCUGAUAACUUGUUGCAGGCAGUUAACAAUGAGUCAAGUUUCUGUUGUAAUUGAGUGUGUACAGUUGCAAGGGGAAAGCAUAGAUUAGGGCACCACAUUGCUGCACCUUUUUUUUUUUUUUUUUUUGG